AUGCAGAGCUGGGAGGAGGCGGAGGAGCUGCGGCUAGCGGCCGACCAGGCGACCGCUUCCGAGGAGUGGGAGGCGGCCGAGGAGCUCGAGCAAAAACGCCGGCGGCUACUGGAGCGCGUGGACGCCUUCUUCGUGGAGGAUGCGCCCUGCGUCGAGCUCGCUGGCACCAUGCAAGCGUCGGCCAUUCUGGCGAUCGCAGCCACCGCCACCGCGAAGUGUGCCGCGCUGCGGCACAUUGGCCGGCGCAGCGCAAUUGGACUUGCCGGCAGCGCCGCGGUCGCGGCCGUCGUCCCUGAUGCUGCCAAUGCCGCCGCGGACCCGACCGUCAAGAUUUACUUCGGCGCGGGUUGCUUUUGGCACGUUCAGCACGAGUUUGUGGGCGAGGAGGUCGCCGCGCUGCAGCGAGGGCCGGAGAGCAUCACUGCGCGGACGGGCUACGCAGGCGGCACACUCGGCGGCGGGCUGAAGGACGGGAAGGUGUGCUACCACAACUUUAAAGGCGUGGCCGACUACGGCUCGCUUGGCCACGCCGAGGCCGUUCAGCUGGAGGUUCCGACGUACUUUGACCUCUUCGGUAGCCGCGGCUACCGGCACGACCCCCAGGACCGCGGCGGAGAGUACCGCUCGGCCUCGCCGCUCUUCCCCGUCAUCAAGCAGGCAGCGCUCGAGAGCCAAGGCGGCAUGAAGCUGUACGCGGGCAGGGGCAACGAGCCCGACACCAUCGGCGACAAGGCGGUGCUGGUGUACGAUAGCGACAAGUACCCCUUCUACCCGGCCGAGCUCUACCACCAGUUCCACGACGACUUCAUGGGGCCGAGCUACGGCAAGGCGUACAACAGCCUGCAGGGCCGCCAGUACAAGCAGGGCCUGGUCGGUCUGACGGGCUGCCCCGACAUGGACCCGGUCCGGGACGAGGGGCGGUACGCCAAGGGGUUCCCCUCGUGA